CAGCGGCAGCAGCAGCACUCACAGCAGCAGCGGCGGCAACAGCAAACGGCAACGGCCAAGCGCACAUUCAACAGUUGAACAAUCUCCAAUUGACUCUUUGGGCAUUAUAGCCGAGCCGAUCCGAUCCGUUCAAAACCGAUCCCGAGAGCUCUACUCUACUCCACUCGCCUCAACGUUCAUCCGCGACGACAAGUUUUGCGUGUACCUUUUUCCGUGCAGCGCGCCACAGCUCGCCCUGGCCCCAACGAAAAAGCCUGGACACUGCUCGACGCAUUGUACAGUAUAUAAUAAUAGUUCUAUAGUGCGAAUAUCUGUUCGAUCUGUGAGUGUUCAGACGUCGUCGUAGUCGUAAAACAAACACAAAAAUCCGCGCUUAAACUUUUUCGAAAAAAAACACAUACAAAUUUCAGUCAAGAAGAAGAAAAAACGAAAAUUUUCUAUAUGUAUGAGCCCCGUGCGCGUGUGUUUGUGUAUUUGUGUGCUGGUUCGCUCUUUGCUGGAAGAGAGUAUGUGUGCGACCGCGCGCGUGUGUGUGUGUGUGUGUGUUAGUGAGUUGAAAUGAGACGCCAUCAAAGCUGAGCGCAAAAGCAAAAGCAACAAAAGCAAAUAAUAAAAUUCAAAAUAAAAAUAGUGAUUAAUAACAGUGAAGCGGAGGAGAAGAAGAAAAAUUAAUUACAAAUUAAUUGUGCAACAACAGAAAAAAAGAAAAAAAACUCAAAGAGAACCACCAACAUGAAACAUGUUUAAACAUUUUGCAAGCAAAGAGAAAAUACGCAAAUGCCAUUUCCCACCUUCUCUUUACACCAACAAUGGUAAAAAAAUGUUAACUUCAUUGUGAUCAAACGCGCCCCACACACACUCCCCGAACCCCCUCACACGACGCGACUGGGGCCAAAAUGCAACAACGUCCACCCGCCCGCCAGCAGAAAGAGCAACAGCAGCAACCACUACAACAACAACAAAGACAACAACAACAACAACAACAGCUCCACAUACCACAACGAGUGGCAUAUUAGAAGCAAAAAAAAGUCAAAGCCAACAAAAGAGGCCAGAGCUUGGAGACCCAGCAAGACGCAUACAACAACAACAACAACAACAGCAACAAAAAGUACACCAACAACACGAAAGUGGCGAAAGGUGCACCCACCAGCAGGCAGACAGCAACAGCAAGCAGUCGUAACAUUUAAGCGGGCACCGCAUUCGGUUUUGCCUUUCCACGCCGUGUUAGAGCCAACUCCAGAAACAAAUCCAACUCCAGCUUCAGUUCCAACUCCCAUUUGCAGUUCCAGUUCCAAUGCCAGAUAGAGUGCCAUAGAGAUCCUCACUAAGUGCCAAAAUCAACAGCCUAAUCCUGAUCACUGCGCUUACCUGCCAAAAGCCAGAAGCCAGAGCCACACAGCUUAGGACGGACACAGCUGCUCAACCGGAGCCGAGAAAACAACGAAAGGAAGUUCCUUAGUGCCAUAGAAUGCAGUAAUUGAAGAAGCCACAACGAAGAACAGCAACUGCAGCAGCCGCAAGAACAACCAGAAGCUCAACCGAACACGGAACACCGAUAUCCAAAUCGAAGCAAAUCAACAUAGUGCCUUGAAUCAAUCCGUUGAUAAGUGAUAUUUAUUAUGUUUAUACCCGCAAGGAGCUAUCGAAGCAGCAGCAACAGUGAGAGCCUUAACCAUCGGUCGGGAAUCGAUGAGCAGGCCAAGUCCUAGACAUAGUCCUUCCUCAUCGCAGUGCUACGCAGUCCUAACCCACGAGUGCAAUCCGGAAUCCAGUUCAAAUUAGUGAAGUAAGCCAGGAGCCUUAGCCAGGAGAGACAACCAGGUUGAAUAAUGUCCACAUCCACCGCCACAACGAGCGUCAUCACGUCCAACGAGCUCUCGUUGUCCGCCCACGGGCACGCCCACGCGCACACACACUCCCACACGCACAGCCACGGCCACGGUCACUCGCUGCACCAGCACCCCCACAGUCGGAUCGGAGUGGGCGUCGGAGGAGUCGGCGUAGGAAUCGGUGUAGGAGUGGGAGUGGGAGUCCUUAGUGACGCCUCUCUCUCACCCAUCCAGCAGGGAGGAGGCGGCGGCGGCGGAGGCGCCAACAGUUCCCCCCUGGCGCCCAACGGAGUACCCCUGCUGACCACCAUGCACCGCUCCCCGGACAGUCCCCAGCCGGAGCUGGCUACCAUGACGAACGUCAACGUCCUGGACCUGCACACAGACUCCUCGAAGCUGUACGACAAGGAGGCGGUCUUCAUCUACGAGACGCCCAAGGUGGUGAUGCCCGCCGACGGUGCCGCGGACGAUGCUCAUGCCAUCGAUGCACGGAUCGCGGCCCAGCUGGGCACACAGCACGCCCAGCAGCAGCAGCAGCAACAACAACAACAACAGCAGCAGCAGCAGACGGAGCACCAGCCGCUGGCCAAGAUCGAGUUCGACGAGAACCAGAUCAUCCGCGUCGUGGGACCGAACGGAGAGCAACAGCAGAUCAUUUCGCGGGAAAUCAUCAACGGGGAGCAUCACAUCUUGUCGCGGAACGAGGCCGGAGAGCACAUCCUCACGCGCAUCGUCAGCGAUCCCUCGAAGCUGAUGCCCAACGACAAUGCGGUGGCCACCGCCAUGUACAACCAGGCCCAGAAAAUGAACAACGACCACCAGGCCGUCUACCAGACCUCGCCCCUGCCCCUGGACGCCUCCGUGCUGCACUACAGCAACGACAACAGCAACGUGAUCAAAACGGAGGCGGACCUCUACGAGGACCACAAGAAGCAUGCGGCCGGCGGGGGCUCGAUCAUCUACACCACCUCCGACCCGAACGGCGUCAAUGUGAACGUGAAACAGCUGCCCCAUUUGGCCGUGCCGCAGAAGCUCGACCCGGACCUCUACCAGACGGACAAGCACAUCGAUCUGAUCUACAACGACGGCAGCAAGACCGUCAUCUACUCCACCACCGACCAGAAGGGCCUCGAGAUCUAUUCGGGCGGCGACAUCGGCAGCCUCGUCUCCGACGGCCAAGUGGUGGUCCAGGCGGGCCUCCCCUAUGCCACCACCACCAGUGCCACAGGCCAGCCCGUCUACAUCGUGGCCGAUGUCAGCGAGGACCAUUUACAAAGCAGUGGAAAGCUCAAUGGCCAGACCACACCCAUCGAUGUCUCGGGCCUAUCGCAGAAUGAGAUCCAAGGCUUUCUGCUCGGCUCCCACCCCUCGUCAUCGGCCUCGGUCAGCACCACUGGCGUUGUCUCCACCACCACAAUCUCGCAGCACCACCAGCAGCAACAGCAGCAGCAGCAACAGCAACAGCAACAACAACAGCAGCAGCAGCAUCCCGGGGACAUUGUGAGUGCCGCAGGCGUGGGGAGUGCAGGCUCCAUUGUCUCGACGGCGGUGCAACAGCAGCAACAGCAACAGCAACAACAGCAGCAGCAGCUGAUCACCAUCAAAAGAGAGCCGGAGGAUCUGCGCAAGGAUCCGAAGAACGGUAACAUUGCCGGAGCGGCGGCAGCGAACGGCGGCGCGGGUUCGGUCAUAACGCAAAAGAUCUUGCACGUGGAUGCAUCGCCACCAGCCGACGAAGCUGAGAUUAGCGAGAUUAGCCACAGACCCAGCAGCACAACCUGCACAACCACAACCAGAACCCGAACCAGAACCACCAGCUGCAGCAGUAGUAGUCCUGCUACCGAACUAGAGAUGUAUGCUACCACGGGCGGCACACAGAUUUACCUACAGACCUCACAUCCCAGCACGGCCAGCGGCGCGGGAGGAGGCGGCGGCGGCGGCGGCGGGGGUGGAUCUGGAGGAGCCGGAUCCCUGCAGGCACAGAGCCCCAGUCCGGGGCCGUACAUAACCGCCAACGACUAUGGGAUGUACACGGCCAGCCGACUGCCGCCCGGCCCCCCGCCCACCACCGCCACCACCUUCAUAGCGGAGCCCUACUACCGCGAGUACUUCGCGCCGGACGGACAGGGCGGCUACGUGCCCGCCUCCACGCGCACCAUCUACGGAGACGUGGACGUUUCGGUGUCUCAGCCGGGCGGAGUGGUCACCUACGAGGGCCGCUUCACCGGCAACGCCCCCCCGCCCACCACAACCACGCUGCUAACGAGCAGCGUCAGCGUGCACCACCAGCAGCAGCAGCAGCAACAGCAACAGCCCCAACACCAGCAGCACCUCCACCAACAGCAGCCACAGCAGCAGCAGCAACACCAUCACCCGCAGGACGGCAAGGGCGGCGGCGGGACGCCACUCUAUGCCAAGGCCAUCACGGCGGCGGGACUCACCGUGGAUCUGCCCAGUCCCGACUCGGGCAUCGGCACGGACGCCAUUACGCCGCGGGAUCAGACCAACAUACAGCAGUCCUUCGAUUACACGGAACUGUGCCAGCCGGGCACCCUCAUCGAUGCCAAUGGCAGCAUACCCGUGUCCGUGAACAGCAUCCAGCAGCGGACAGUGGUCCAUGGCAGCCAGAACAGUCCCACCACCUCCCUGGUGGACACGAGCACAAACGGUUCGACGCGUUCGCGGCCCUGGCACGACUUUGGCCGCCAGAACGAUGCCGAUAAAAUACAAAUACCAAAAAUAUUCACAAAUGUUGGCUUCCGAUAUCACCUGGAGAGCCCCAUCAGCUCGUCGCAGAGGCGCGAGGACGAUCGCAUCACCUACAUCAACAAGGGCCAGUUCUACGGGAUCACGCUGGAGUAUGUGCACGAUGCGGAUAAGCCCAUCAAGAACACGACGGUUAAGAGUGUGAUCAUGCUCAUGUUCCGCGAGGAGAAGAGCCCCGAAGAUGAGAUCAAGGCCUGGCAAUUCUGGCACAGUCGCCAGCAUUCCGUAAAGCAAAGAAUCUUGGAUGCAGAUACGAAGAAUUCGGUUGGCCUGGUUGGCUGCAUCGAGGAAGUGUCGCACAAUGCCAUCGCCGUUUACUGGAAUCCGCUGGAGAGCUCCGCCAAGAUCAACAUUGCGGUGCAAUGCCUGAGCACGGAUUUCAGCAGUCAAAAAGGAGUCAAGGGCCUGCCGCUGCACGUACAAAUCGACACAUUCGAGGACCCCAGAGAUGCGGCCGUCUUCCACCGGGGCUACUGUCAGAUAAAGGUCUUCUGCGAUAAGGGCGCCGAGCGCAAAACGCGCGAUGAGGAGCGACGGGCCGCCAAGCGGAAGAUGACGGCCACCGGCAGAAAGAAGCUGGAUGAGCUCUACCAUCCGGUGACAGAUCGGUCCGAGUUCUAUGGCAUGCAGGACUUUGCCAAGCCGCCGGUGCUCUUCUCGCCCGCCGAGGACAUGGAGAAGGUAGGUCAGCCGGGCCUGACUGGCUUGACAUUCAUCCACACGAAUACGAAUACGCACACGAAUACGAAUACGAACUCGAACUCGAACUGCAACUCCAACUCGAAUUCGCCCUUGCAGAGCUUCUACGGCCAUGAGACUGACUCGCCGGACCUGAAGGGGGCCUCGCCGUUCCUGCUCCACGGCCAGAAGGUGGCCACGCCGACGCUCAAGUUCCACAAUCACUUUCCGCCCGACAUGCAGACCGAUAAAAAGGAUCACAUACUGGACCAGAACAUUAUGACCAGCACACCCAUGACCGACUUCGGUCCGCCCAUGAAGCGGGGACGCAUGACGCCGCCAACCUCGGAGCGCGUGAUGCUCUACGUGCGGCAGGAGAACGAGGAGGUGUACACCCCGCUGCAUGUGGUUCCCCCCACCACAAUUGGCCUGCUGAAUGCGAUUGAAAACAAAUACAAAAUCUCAACAACGAGCAUAAAUAACAUUUAUCGCACAAACAAGAAGGGGAUUACUGCGAAAAUUGACGAUGAUAUGAUAUCGUUCUACUGCAAUGAGGACAUCUUCUUGCUGGAGGUGCAGCAGAUCGAGGACGAUCUGUACGAUGUGACGCUGACGGAGCUGCCCAACCAGUAGCAGGAGCAUCCACUCACAAUACACAAAAAUAUGGACACAAUUUUUGCCAACAACACACACACACACAAGUUGUUUCAAUAAGCCAUUUUCCAUAGAGCCUAAGCCUAAAUCGUAGUGUAGUUGUAAUGUGGAGCCAGAGCCCAUCCAAGUUGCUACAAAAAUGGAUGGAUAUAUAGAAAUGCUAAUACAAUACAUACAUAACCAUAUAAAUAUACAUAAACAUAUAGACAUAUGCAUAAAAUUCGAUUUAGAUUUAGCAACAAUGAGAUUACUGAAAAUUUUUUGAUCAAAUUUGAAAUUCUCGCUAUGUUUAUAGAUAUUGUAAUAUUGUCUAAGCCCUAAUCAUAAUCGUAAUGUGUAUUUAUGCGUAUAUAGUACCAUAUAUAUUGAUAUAUAUCGAGUCUAUAUAGAUAUACUAUACAUACACUCGUAUGUAUGUGUGUAUGGAGUGCAAAAGCUGUCUGUCCAGUAGCACAUAAGUUUCGCUUCCGCUCCCCUGCUUAUGCUUAGACCUUAGGUCCAGGGCAAGUAAGAGUUACAGAAUCUAUCUUUUAGAACCUUUAAUUCUAUAUAUAAACACACCCUAGAGAUACAUGUAUGUAUGUAUGUUUGUCGUAAGCGUUUACUUGUUGAAUAUAAAUUGUACAAUUAUUUUUGGAUAAGCCCACACAAAAACAAAAAAACAAAAGCAAAAAACCAAUCGUUUGUUCUAUAUUUCUGUUUCCAAAUCUCGUAACUCGUUACCCGUUACCUUCCCUCUACUAUCCGGCCCACUCUGUUAUGUUAUAUAUAAUUAGGAUCUCUGAAAGAAAAGAAAAAAAGGAACGGAAAUUUGAAGCGAAAAUUACAUUGACAUUGUCCAAAAGAAAAGAAAGCAUAACUAUCCGUAACUUUAGGGAUACACAUAGCGAUAAGUACACUCUGCAAUAAAACAUGUUGAUAAAAAUCGUAGUUAAGUCCCAGAUAAGGCAAAACAAUAUCGAAACAAA